AUGGCUGUCACAGCGCAUGGCGCCGCCGUAUCGCCGACCUCGCUCUCCCACACGGAGACCAUCACGCUCCUUACCCUCUCUGGCGCUUCCGUUGCCAUCAUCGCAAAUACCUUCCACGGCGAUGGCGAGCCCCUGAUAGCCUCGCUCGCCCUCUCGAUCCUUGCGUUCUGCCUGUGCUAUGCCAUGAUACGCUGGCUUGGGCCGACGUUCAUGAAGGCUGGCUUUCGUGGCCGCGACCUCAGCAAGCUCAACAAAGUCGAGAUCCCCGAGUGCAUGGGCGCCGUCUGUGCCGCCGUCUACCUCCUGACUGUCAUCGUAUUCAUUCCGUUUCCCUUCUACAAGGACAUCGUCGCGGCCACGAGCGGUGGCGGGAACAGAGAUGUUGUGGUCGAGGUCCAGGAGGUAAACCAGGGUCGCUUCCUACAUCGCUUCCCGCAUAAUAAGCUCGCCUCGUACCUCGGUGCUAUCAUUGCGCUCCAGACCAUCGCCUUUCUUGGCAUCGGCGACGACUUGUUCGAUAUUCGAUGGCGUCACAAAUGGUGGAUCCCCGGCUUGGCCUCCAUCCCUAUACUCGUCGUUUACUUUGUCGACUUUGGCGUUACUUCCAUUGUUAUUCCCGUGCAGCUCCAGCCGUACCUCGGCGAGCUCUUUGACCUCGGCGCCUUAUACUACGUAUACAUGGCUUGUGUUGCCAUGUUUUGCCCCCAAAGCAUCAACAUGCUCGCAGGCAUCAACGGCAUCGAAGUCUCUCAGUGUGUGGUCGUUGCGGUUCUGAUCGCUUUCAACGACUGCCUCUACCUCUUGACACCGUACCCGCACCCCGCGACUGACUCCCAUCUUUUCUCCCUCUACUUCCUGCUGCCCUGGAUCGGUGUCUCCUGCGCUCUGCUCUACCACAACUGGUAUCCGGCAAAGGUGUUUGUGGGAGACACGUACUGCUAUUUCUCCGGCAUGGUUUUUGCCGUUGUGGGCAUCCUCGGCCACUUCUCCAAGACCCUGGGCCUGCUCCUCGUACCGCAGAUAUUCAACUUUCUUUACUCUUGUCCUCAAAUCUUCGGCCUCAUCCCCUGCCCGCGCCACCGGCUCCCUAAGUUCAACGCCCGGACUGGCCUCCUCGAGCCGUCCGUAACGCCCUGGUCACCAGAACGCCAGCCGCGACCUCUCGUUGGGCAGCUUCUACACCUGUUAUCCAAGCUGCGUUUGCUGUCGGUCACGCUGGACGACAGGGGGCUCUUCGUCGAAACGAGCAACUUCACCAUUCUUAAUCUUUGGCUUGUCUGGCGAGGCCCCCUCCGCGAAGACCGCCUGGCCUGGGAGGUCACUUUGCUGCAGCUCUUCGCUGGCUUGUUUGGCCUGUUCGUGAGACACAAGCUGGCUCUCCUUGUCUUUAAGGAAGACAAUUGGGGCACGGCACGCCGCUGA